AUGCGCGGCGCCGUGGACGACAUCCCCGCGAUCCGGCAGAUCAUUGACGAGCUGGACAUCGGAGAACACUACAUUCACGCCGACGCAGCGCUAAGCGGCAUGAUCCUGCCCUACGUGGAUGACCCACAGCCUUUCGGGUUCGACGCCGGCAUCGACAGCAUCUCCAUCAGCGGCCACAAACUCAUCGGCGCACCCCUGCCCUGCGGUAUCGUUCUCACCCGCAAACACCUGGUCGAAACCCUGGGCAGGGCCGUGAACUCGUCGGCGUCAACGACACCACCCUGUCCGGUUCCCGCAACGGCCUGA